ACAACAAAUUGCCGCUCAGCACGCUCACUGCUCUCACAGCGCUCCGAGCACAGCAGCAACUGUUGCUGACGCUCAGCUGAGAGCGCUCGCUGCCMAUAUAUAUUUUGAGGCGUUGCGGUCGACGCACACGACAGUUGUGCUUGAAACGCUUCGUAGUGAAGAUCGUGCUCGAUCAACGCGCGGAAAAAGAAACGAAAUCAGAAACAUAUACAAAUUCAGCAAGAAAUUACAAUUUGUUUAAACCAAAAUACAAAAUCAAAGUAAACGCCAGAGAUCCAAAGAAAUUGGAUUUGCAUGUACGAAGAAACGAAAAAGAAAUUUUUUUUAGAAAUUUUUGUUCAAUAUCGACGACGAGCUUCGCGCGUAAAUUAGCAAGCGUUUGCAAGAAACAAGCUACAAUAAAUUGGAAAACAAAAAAGAAGAAGAAGACGAAGAAGAAGUCGAAGAGUGCAAGGUGUAAACCAAGUGAAAUUUUUGUUGGUGCAUGUGUCUCAAAAAGUCACAAGAAACGCACAGAAAUAAAAUGCAAGAAGUGACUCUCAAACUGUAAAGUGAUGUGCGUGCCACAAAUACAAAAACACCAACAACAACAAAUAAAACAGCUAAUUGAAAAAGUAAAACAACAGACAAAAGUGUUACUAAUCGACGAGCAACAACAAUUGUUGGUAGCAUAAAGAAAUGGCCAUUGAUUUCCUCAUCUUGGCCCUGCUGCUCAUCUCGUUCGUCAUCAACCUGCUGGCGCUGUGCGCAUUCUGGAUAACGCCGGGACUGCGCACCACAGCGAAUCGCUUCACCAUCAAUCUGCUGAUCAUCAAUCUGAUUGGCUGCUGCAUUCUGGCACCGACUCUGUUCCUCAGCGGAAUCAAAAGCUUCUCCGGGCAGGAGCAACAGCUGGUUGGCCGCAAUGCGGCCGGCGACAGCAUUGAGUUCUACUCGAAGCCGGGCAAUCAUCAGCUAACCAUACGCCGUCAUGGCCAACUCGUGGAGCAGGACGGCAUUGUGGUGCGCCGCAACAUCACCACCACCAACAGCAGCAACGACAGCUCYGGCGAUACCAUAGAGAUGAUCUACAAGUGCAAUGCCACGUAUUGCCGCGAGCUGACCAUCGAUGAGCGUGGAGAUGGCGGCAUCGUCAUCACGGAGACGGAGACUCAGGAGGAUAAUCUGAGUGUGCCGGUGCACAGCAGCUUCUCGCUGCCAGUGGUGCAGCUGCGUUGCUGGUCCAUCGACAUGACCGCCGCACUGGGCGCCCUGGCGGUGCUGCUGGUGGUCGGCGAUACCUGGUGCGCGGUGACCGAUCCGCUGCGCUAYCACAGUCGCAUYUCGGGCGUCAAGACCUGGGUGUUCAUCACGCUCACCUGGGCGGUGGGCAUACUGUUCGGGGCGCUGUCCGCGUUUCGUGUGCUCGACUUCGAGGCGGACACGCUGCUCAGCAGGCACCGGCGCCUGGCUGCCACCUACUUCAACAUCAGCAGCACGAACAGCAUCUUCGGCGUGAUCUAUGCCUGCGUGUACUUCAUCGUCAUCAUCCUGCUGCCCUUCGGCUUUGUCUGCGGCAUGUAUUGGCGCAUCUUCAGCGAGGCGCGCGGCAAUGGGCUGCGCAUGAGGCAGAACGGCUCCUCGCCGCUGCUGCAGAGCGCUCUCAAUCUGACCAACCACGCCCAGGCCGCGCCCGCCGCGAACUACACGAACAGCCUGUGUGUGCACAGACAUUCCAUAUCCUCGGCCAGCUCGCACGGAGGCGUCACCGGUGGCCUCCAGAUGCAGAUCGAUCAUCGGGCGCCGCGCAGCUCGCCGAGCUGUCUGCGCCGGGACUCGGCCGCCAAGGUGCUGCUGCCCACGAUCUCGGACGAUGGCUCCGACGUGGAUGUGGAGAGCAACCAUGGCGACAUGCCGCUGAUGAGCGUGCCCGAGCAGUCGCUGGCCGAUCGCAACCAGAACAUCCUGCUGACACUGCAAACAGCCAGCAUUGGUUUGCUGCGCGGUGGCAAAAUGCUUGCCGAGGAGUCGCCCGACUACCUGCGCCAACAGUACAACGCCGACUCGCUGGAGGAUGUGUUCCUCAAGCUCUCCGUCAUGCAGAACAUGGGCAAGCGGCGGCGCUCGUCCAUUGCCCAGGAGAUUGUGGAGCAGGUGACGGUGCCGGCCAUUUCGAAUCCGGCGCUGGACAUGUCCGAUGAGCAGCAUGCCGCGGAGAUCUCAGGCGAGUUCGGCGAUAAUAUAUCCAUGUCAUCGGCGGCACGAGAUCCCAUUAGUAGCACAGCGCCCGCUGCACCGCCGCUGCCGCCAGUGGAGGAGAUGAAAACGUCGUUCUGGUACAAUUUGCAUGUGAUGCAGUCGCAUCAUCUGCAUGCGCUCAUCUGGAAAAACUUUUUGUGGAUGAUGCGCAACAAUAAUGCUGUUCAUAGUGGGUCUGCCGGUGGUGCAGAUAUUGCUAUUCUGCUAUGCGAUUGGCCAUGA